UUUUCGUGUAAAGUUUAGUUCAGUUCAAACCUUUUAAUUCAUCAAAUGCCUUCAUAGACUUCCACAUCUUGCGAAGAUGUUUUGCAAAAUCUUUCUGUUAGCACUAAGUUUUGGUGCAAUCAGUGCCCAGACUUACGUACUACCGAUAGAAAGUGAACUCAAUGUAUCGUUGAGAAUCCAACAUCAACCUGGAAACAAUACACACCUUUCGUAUGCCAUCUUAAGAGAUUCGGUCGUAAUACACCAAUCGGACCUAUACCAAUAUUUUGGACCAGUUACUGGAGUGACUCAAACUUCACUCGGCUAUUUGUUCCAGGGCGACAGUUCAACAUUACAAUUUAGUGUCAAUCAUGAUUCGAACAAUUUUGUAAUAAUUUCAAUUGAUCGAAGGUCAACUGCUUCGUAUUAUAUGCGAGACUGUGUCCAACUGAAAUCAAACGAAAUGAGUUGGUAUGGUGGACCGGAGCAAAAGUAUCAGUAUUGGCCCAUUGAAAAGUUGACUUUCGAUGACUAUUCGUAUGUGACAAAAGAAGCCGACAGUUGUGCACUGGCCGAACGUUAUUGGCUCAAUUCCCGUGGUCUUUUUGUGUACGUUGAGAAGGAGGCUCCGCUAUUUUUGACUCAAACUGCUAACAGUUCAAUGUGUUUGAUCACCAAAAAGGAACUGCCGUAUUACACGCAUGAUCGGUCAGUUUUCACAUUCAAUUAUAAAAUUGGCAUUGCUGCUGAUGCCAGGCAGGCACAUAUGAAGGCAGUGGAACAUUUCUUAAAUAAGCCUGCCGAUUACCCGGAUGAAAGGAUGACAACGUAUCCCAUAUGGAGUACGUGGGCGAAAUAUCGUCGAGACAUUGAUGAAACUGUAGUGCUGAACUAUGCUGAUUUGAUUAACAGUAACGGUUUCAAAAACAGCCAGAUGGAUAUUGACGAUAUGUGGGAAACGUGUUACGGUUCCCUCACGUUCAACACAACAAAGUUUCCAAAUAUUCGCCGAGCUACCGACGCAUUAAAAGAGAAAGGAUUCCGAAUCACAUUAUGGGUUCAUCCGUUCAUCAAUAAGAACUGCGAUCCUUUUUACACAGAGGCAUUAGAGAAGGGAUAUUUAGUGUUGGACCAUAACGGCAAUCCCGAUGUCAAAUGGUGGAAUGCGGGAUCGACUUUUGCUGGUCAUAUUGAUUUCACAAAAGUUGAAGCCGCAGAAUGGUACGCUGGACGUCUUAGAAGGUUGAGAACUGAUUCCGGCAUCGAUACCUAUAAAUUUGAUGCCGGCGAGACAUCUUGGGCUCCUAUGGAUCCAGUAUUGAACGCAACUGACGAUGCCAAACCCAAUGCACUAACCAUUGCGUUUGUGGACACCGUCGUUCCAUUCGGUAAAAUUAUUGAAGUGCGAACGGCUUUCCGUCAGCAGCAUAUACCUGUCUUUGUACGAAUGUUGGACAAAGACUCGAAAUGGGAUUGGAAUAAUGGACUUCCGACGGUAGUGACGACUUUGCUACAAUUCAACAUGGUCGGAUAUCCGUUUGUUCUGCCAGAUAUGAUUGGAGGCAAUGGCUAUGAAGAUAAUCCAAUUGUCCGCACCACAAAUAAGGAACUGUACAUUCGUUGGAUCCAAGCCAACGUUUUUAUGCCGGCAAUGCAAUUCUCUUUCGUUCCAUGGGAUUUUGACCAACAAACGAUCACGUUGAGUCAAAAGUAUACUGCGCUUCAUGCAGAGUAUGCAGAUAAAAUCAUCGAACGAUUUAAAUUGGCUGUGGAAACUGGAGCCCCUGUCAAUCCUCCUGUUUGGUGGAUUUCACCGAAUGAUAGAACGGCGCAAACCAUUUUCGAUCAGUUCUUGCUGGGUGACGACAUUUUAGUGGCUCCAGUUUUGGAAGAAGCACAGACAGCGAGAAAUAUUUAUUUGCCAGAAGGUGAAUGGAUUGAUCAGAAUACUGGUCAAACUCAUCAAGGUCCAGUGUGGUUGAACGAUUAUCCUGCACCGUUGGAUGUUUUACCAUAUUUUAUUAGAAGUGGUUCACAGCGUCUGUACGCAGUCGGUAGCUUUGUUGCUCUAUGUAUCUUGUUAAUUAACCUAAUCCGAACACACUUUAUUUGAAUAAUUAAGUGUAAACAUUUAGUGGAAAAUGAAAUUUGAAUCCACAAAUUACAGUCAAUAAACAUUCAUUUGUGCGGCA